UUUACUAUUGUUUUGCUAAUUUCAUAACGGGGUUGAAAUUUUUCUAAUUUAAUUAACAAUAACUGCUGUUGGUGUGAGAUAAGUUGCUUUCUCACGAGGCCCGGUCUUCCUAUGGAUUGUUAUAUAAACAAACAUAUCAAGAAAACAAACACUGCUGUUUAAAUUAAAGGCGUUUCUCGUCUUCCUCGAGGUCUUUCACAGGCAGGGCGUGACUCGAGCAUGCAAAUCCCUUCUCAGCCGGUUCCACCGGGACUCUGUUGUGUCUCUGAAGACCAGACGUCGGGUUAAGGAGAGUCUGGGGCCGGGGAGAAGCUGCAGUGGAUUCCAGUGGGAUGAGUUUCCUUUCACGACGUCACGACGGGCUGGGUUGGCGAUUGUUGGUACAGCCAGGGGGAGAACUGAAGCAGUCUAUAUUGAGCUUUCAUGGCUACCAUCUGCCUGUUUUUGUUUUUAAAUAAAACAGCCCAAAACGUUUAAUUUCCGUACAUCGUUGUGGACAGUGAAGGCAUUCAUCAUAUACACUACAACCGGUCCAUCGAAAAGAGGGUGCGCGUCGCAUGCAGGAGUUUAUUUUCAAAAAAGAAAACACGGGACAGGAAACUUUCUUUGGAUAAAGAGGUGUAAAAGGAUCAGGCCUCGCCGUACCACUGCAACAGGUUUCUACCGAAGAACAAGAAAAUAGAUUCUGUACAGAAGGAAUAAAAAUAAAUACAAAGGAAAAUAAAAAAAAAAACUGAAGGAUUAAAAAACAAAACGUAUUUAUCAUUGUACAAUAGUGUAAUUAAAAAUUACAGCAUUAUAUAUAUUCUGAUAACUGAAAGUUUAAAUGCGGUACGGAGCUAAAAUGAUGCCGAUGUUUUUGACUGUGUACCUCAGUAAUAACGAUCAGCAUUUUACGGAGGUGCCCGUUACCCCAGAGACCACCUGCCGUGAUGUGGUGGAGCUGUGCAAGGAACCCGGCGAAACCGAAUGCCAGCUGGCAGAAAUGUGGCGGGGUUCAGAGCGAGCAAUAGCAGAUGAUGAGCGAAUGCUCGACGUUCUGCAGCACUGGGGGCACAAGAGAGCCGAAGUGAGAUUCUUCCUUCGGCAUGACCGACCACCCACCAGAGAAUCAGGUGUAGCCAGACCCCAGGAUCAAACUGCCAAGAAUGGUGUGAAAGGCCCUAUGGACAGGAAGAUGGAAAAUGGGGCGGGAGUUCCCCGGAUGGACAUGACUCUGUCUGAACUGCAGGAGAUGGCAACAAGGCAGCAACAGGAAAUUGAUGCUCAGCAGCAACUACUAGCAUCCAAGGAGCAGCGGCUGCGCUACCUCAAGAUGCAUGAUCAGAGGCAGCAGCAGCAGGUAUCCGAGCAGAACAAGCUCCAGAGACUGCGGGAAAUUGCAGAGAACCAGGAAGCCAAGCUCAAGAAAGUACGAGCGCUAAAGGGGCAUGUGGAGCAGAAGCGUCUCAGCAAUGGCAAACUUGUGGAGGAGAUUGAGCAGAUGAACAACCUGUUCCAGCAGAAGCAGAGGGAGCUGGUGGUGGCAGUGUCAAAGGUGGAGGAACUCAGCAGGCAGCUGGAGAUGCUGAACAACGGCAAGAUUGACAGUUUUCAUGAUAACCAAGGGGCUGUUGCUGAGCUUGACCGACUUUACAAGGAGCUGCAGCUAAGGAACAAACUGAACCAAGAACAGAAUGCAAAGCUGCAGCAGCAGAGAGAAUGUUUAAACAAGCGCAACCAGGAGGUAACAGUGAUGGACAAGCGUGUGAACGAGCUGCGAGAUCGCCUGUGGAAGAAGAAGGCAGCCCUGCAGCAUAAGGAGAAUGUGCCAACUGUCUUUCCUGAUAAAGAGAAUUCUGCAAAAGAAAACCAAAACCAAUAUUUUACAAAGAAGAUUACACCUGACAGCACUGCAUCUCAGCAGACAGUUUCAUCCCAAAGCAGGGUGGCUGCGGUCGGUCCGUACAUCCAGUCCUCCACUGUGCUUUGCGGCCCCUCCAGACAUGAGCUCCUGAUCAAGCCAGCCUACCCUGAUGGCACGUCCUCUCUGCCGGUGCAAGACAGACCCCUAAAAACACAGACACUUCCAAUGGGAAGAGCUGCGAAAACUGCUGGAGGUUCAGGAAUCCAGGCUCCCAGGCCACCUCAGGCUAGCACUGACUGGAGUAAUGUAGACCCCUCUGCUAACCAUGGUUCGGCCUCCACUCUGCCUAGGACAGGAACCUACAGCACUGCAGAGCAGGAUCUGUCCACAGGUGGUCUCCGGAAAAACCAGAGCAGCGAGGAUCUACUGCGAGAUGCACAGAAUGCUCCCAGGAAUCCAGUGAAAAUCCCACCCCCUGUCCCCAGCAAGCCCAAUAAAAUCAACCUGUCUUUCAUCAGUCUGUCCAGCCAGCCUCUAACUGCUGAUAGUAGACUGGAGGAUUCACAGAAGACUGUUUUAGUUACAGGGACUUUUCCUGGCAAAACCAAGCCGGUAAACCAGCAGCCACAGCCCCUGGCACAGCAUUCCUCUCAGCAGAUCCAGCAAAGAACCUCUGUACCCCACUCCCUGACAGGUCAAAACCACACCCUCCCACUGCCUUCCAAACAAGAGACCCCCCCAGCCGCCACUGUGCAUCCCUUCACCCCACAGCCACCAGCUAAGGAGGCACCAUCCCAGUCCUUUCACAAACCACAGACCGUGACAGCCAGCUCUAUUUACUCCAUGUACACAAAGCAACAGACCCCAGGCAAGAACUUCCAGCAAGCAGUGCAAAGCGCACUGACCCGUGCACAGACCCGAGGGACGCCCUUCACUAGCGUAUAUGGAAAACCUGUAAUCGCAGGAGCCAACAACUCCCAGCAACUCUCUGAAAAUGCCUACCUGGACCAGCCUGAUUCUGAACCAGAGCUGGGAGUGAUCAGCUCUGGGUCUGAGCCUCAGGAGAUAGAGCGAAUCCCUCGACCCUUGAGCCCCACCAAGUUGCUUCCCUUCAUCUCUAACCCGUACCGGCACCAAAGUGAAAUGGAACUGGAUGCUCUCAGAAAAAAGCUGUACAAUGCACCUCGGCCCCUGAAAAAGCGCAGCUCCAUCACAGAGCCCGAGGGCCCCAACGGCCCGAACAUCCAAAAGCUGCUGUACCAGAAGGCCACCUUGCCAGCCAUGGGGACAGUAGGUUCCACUCCUUUCUAUCAGCCGAAUCCAGCAGCAGAGGAGGAAGAUGGGCCACAUAAAGAAGCAGCUAGCAUGAAGGACAGAGUGGGCACUGAAGCUGAAACAGUGCCUGAAACUAUCACGGCAGAAGCUGACGUGAUAAAAGAACAGAAGGAUCAGUUUGUGCCCCCUCCACCGUCCCACCCUGCGCCCAUGCUUGAAGGACUGCAGGAAUUCUUGAGCCCUCCAGAGGAGGAGCAUGACCCCAGCGCCCCUCUGCCUCUGGAGGCCUACAUGGAGGAGUAUCCACCAUACCCUCCUCCUCCCUACCCUACCAUGGGGGAGCAGGAGAACCUUGGAGAGGACACCUUCAGCAUGCGCCCCCCUGAGAUCACAGGCCAGGUCUCGCUCCCACCGGGUAAGAGGACAAACCUGAGGAAGACGGGCUCAGAGAGGAUAGACCACGCGAUGCGUGUAAAAUUCAACCCACUCGCUCUUCUGCUCGACUCUUCUCUGGAGGGAGAAUUUGACCUGGUGCAGAGAAUAAUAUAUGAGGUGGAUGACCCAAGCCAGCCAAAUGACGAAGGGAUCACAGCUCUUCAUAACGCAGUCUGUGCCGGCCACACCGAAAUCGUCAAGUUUCUCGUCCAGUUCGGGGUGAACGUUAACGCUGCCGACAGCGAUGGUUGGACCCCCUUACACUGUGCUGCCUCCUGCAAUAACGUCCAGGUCUGCAAGUUCCUCGUGGAGUCGGGGGCAGCGGUGUUUGCAGCGACGUACAGCGACAUGCAGACUGCAGCUGAUAAGUGUGAGGAGAUGGAGGAAGGGUACACCCAGUGCUCGCAGUUCCUCUAUGGUGUCCAGGAGAAGAUGGGCAUCAUGAACAGAGGGGUGGUGUACGGGCUGUGGGACUAUGAGGCUCAGAACGAUGACGAGCUUGUGUUCAGAGAGGGGGACUGCAUGACGACUGUGCGGCGGGAGGAUGAGGAUGAGGUCGAUUGGUGGUGGGUGCGGCUCGGAGACCAAGAGGGAUACGUCCCCCGCAACCUCCUCGGGUUGUAUCCAAGAAUCAAACAAAGACAAAGGAGCCUAGCAUGAAGAUUCUGGAGUAAACCCUCAAACCCUUUUUAUCUGCCUGAGUCUACACUAUAUACGUAAACAGUAGCAGUGACACGGCAGCUGAAACUAAAAAAUAAACUAUAUAUGGUCCAAAAGUCUUAAACAAUGAAGAAAGCCGCUCAUAUGAAGAAAACACUACUAAAUGAAGGAACAAUGCUAUUGCUUUUUUUAUGAUGUGACGGUCUGUUCCAGAGAUUGAUACUGUUGCUGCUGUGGUGCGAGGUAAAAAAAAAAAAGGGGCAGGAUUUAACAAGACCUUUUACUGCAGAUUAAGACAGGUGGCUUUUUAGUGAAAAAUGGCAGCACCACACCUCUCUGUAAUUUUGAUGACAUCAAGUAAUGUAUAUUUCAGUUGUUCGCUGCAGCAUUGUUCAGAUUAAUAUAGAGCUUUUUAAGGAAUUUUUGUUUGCGUACAAAGUGUUAUAUAUACAGAACAUACUUUACCAGGCUUGCUUAUAUAUGGUGGUAUUGUGAUCUCAGGCCACAAAUGAACAGCAGGGCUGUUUGUGGACCUUAAUGUCUUCAAUGCAAUCCUUGGCUGGUCAAAAUCAUUUGGACUGUAAGAAAGGUGUAUUGAUACUAUCUCUAGUAUUUGUUUUUUAUAAGAGUAAAAUACGGAAGUUUUAUUUCUCAAUAAAAACAUGGUUGAUAGGGUUUCAGUAUACUAAUGGCUCCAUAUUGUAUUUUAUUAAGCGAAAAAAGUGCUUAACUUGUACCUUUUUAGGUGAAAUUUGAUUGAAUUUGUUAAGUGGUUUAACUACAGUCAGAAUGUAUGUUCUGUGCUUCGAACUAAGAGUGUUCAUGUAUUUUAACCUGUAUCAUGAUGAAGUCAUCGAUUUCUGUCUAGUUUUCUCCAAAAAAUGGCUGUUGUAAACAAUAGAGAAUAUUAGUCAUAGGCCAAAUAAAAGUGCAUUCUGUUUAAUCAAACUGCUGUUACUGUAUCCAGCAAUAAAACUAACAUAAAAGAUAUAUGUACAUAUCUUCAUGAGCCAAACGACACUAUAAGAUUAAAAUUUCUGUAUUACCUUUUAAUAGUGCUCUACAUGGAUGGAGACAUUCUCGGCUUUACCGAGAUAGUUUGUCUCAGUUGAGCUUAAAUAGGUGAGCAAUAGACACAAAUAUCUUGGGUGGGCCCUAUGAAAUCAUGGAACAGUGAAAUCUAGAACGGCUCAUACUGCUGUGGAAUUCUUGCUAUCCCUGCAGUACAACACUAAAACUUACUGAGCAUGUGCAGAGUCAGAAGUAACUCUGGGAAAACUAAAAUUGAACUUCUUAAACAUUGUGUGUCUUUGGAAAUAAACAUUGCAUUGACUGCAUUUAUGAAAAUCCUCCUGCUGACAGCAUUUAAUAAAAACUGACAAAUCAGCCUACCAGCCCCUGAAAUACCUCUAUUGAUACCACCUCCAAGUGCAGUUAUGCAGGACAAUAUAUUUAACUGCAGCUGGCACAUAGUGGAGAUCUUGCAAUAGGUGUCAGAUUUUGCCUUUAAAUGAAAGCUGUUGGUCCUCUUCAGUGAAAACCUUGCGUCGUAACGGUAUCCAGUCUUUUAACAAGCAAUACAUUCCAUGGAUUAUUGUAGCAAAAGUUAAUAUUACUUUGAUAGUUUCACUGCAAUACAGGUUUAUUUCCUGCUCCGAGUUAUUAAAGGAUAUCCAUAAAUGUAUAUUUUCAGUUACUAAAUCCCUCUAGACAUUUUAAAAUUACACUUGUGGAUUUGUGUCUUCUAAUGUGCCCAUCCAUUAAUAUCAUUAAUUGUUUGGAGCAGUGUAGACCUUAAAUAUCAUGUGUUUCUACAAAUGUAGUUUGUUUUUUUGGUGCUUUUUUUUUUUUUUUUUUUGUAUAGUAAUUAUAAGAUCACUUGUAGAGUUUAAGGAUUCACAAUAAAAUACUUCAAAUGAG